AUGUUCUCAAAGAAAUUCACGAAGGAACCUAUGGCAGCCAUGUCGCCCACCUCGCUCUCUGUCAUAAUACAGUCCGACAACGCUACUGCUGGCCUUCCAUGUCAAGAGACGCGGCCGAAUUGGUCAAAACUUGUGAAAAAUGUCAGAUCCACCAAAAUGUCCACCAUAAGCCAACCACCGAUCAAACUCCUAUCAUCAGUCCCUGACCAUUCAUGGGUAGAAGCGGAAGCGGUAUCAAAGAUCACGGCGAGCAGAGUGUUGAAAUUUUUCAGGAGAGGAAUAAUCUACAGAUUUGGCAUACCAAAGAUAGUGAUAACGGAUAAUGGCAAACAGUUUGACAGUAAGGGAUUCAAAGACUACUAUGCUUACAAAGGAAUCGAUCUACGAUUCACCUCGGUCACUCAUCCACAAACUAAUGGGAUGACCAAAGUCACCAAUCGAACGAUUGUCAACGGUUUGAAGAAACGUUUAGACGAUGCCAAGGGCGGAUGGGCAGAAGAACUACACAACGUUUUAUGGUCAUAUCAAACGACGACAAAGGCAGGAACAGGAAGAACACCAUACAGCCUGACGUACGGUUGUGAAGCACUGAUCCCUGUUGAAAUAGGAAUGCCAACAUUAAGGGUCCUAUAUCUGGACACAGAAAAAAACGAAGAGAAUAUGAAGAUCUGUUUGGAUAUGCUAUAA